AUGGAGGCCCAGGUGCCACUAUCCGUGUGGAGGGCCUCGGCAAACUCAGCCGGCAACUCGAGGUAUCCUCUCUUCGCCAGCGACUGGAGCGCCAGGUCUUGCUCCGACCAGAGGUGUCGCUGCGGCUGCACUGUCCUGGCAAGGAGGCAGAAUGCCUGGACUUGCGAUCAGAGAAUGCUGCGGCAAGAUUGGACCAUGUGCUCGGGGCUUACUUGGCUCAGUGGAUGUUUGGAUGGAUGGUCAUUGAACUAA